AACAAAACAAUUUACCUUAUCAAUCAGGCAGUGAUUUAGAUAUUUGCGAGUUUUUUAAUAACAAUAGCUUAAGAAAAUUCCUUCGUUGGUGUUGUUUAUUUGCCCCAAAAUUUGGCCAAUAAUUAUUAUUUGUUUUAUUUGUGGAGUCAGCCAAUCAGCAGCUGAAUAAUGUUAUCACGUUUAGAAGAUGAUUUCACCAAGACAAUAAGAAAUAAAAAACAUUGGGAGUAGCAAAAUAUAUAGAUUGCAUCAAUUCCAGAUUGUUUAUUAGCGCAUAGCUUGCCGGGAGAUAAGCUUUCGUUGAAAAAAGUAAAAACAAUCAUCAGACAAAGAAUUGGGAGCAUAUACAAGAAAAGAGUUUGAAUUGAGAAGCAUGAUCAACUCCAAACGAUAUGAAAACAAAAGCAAUAACAUCGGUCACCUGUUACACGAUCGAAUGUUGUACACCGAUUUUGGUUCACAAGUACGCCGCCGCUUGCAAGCCUCACCGCCAUUCUUGCAACGUCUUGAACUGGACUCUGUGUUGAAGGGGCACGAGGGAUGUGUCAAUUGCUUGGAAUGGUCCAGCUGUGGUCGUAUACUGGCCUCAGGUUCAGAUGAUUUCCAUUUGAUACUAUGGAAUCCAUUUGCUCAAAAGAUUGUGCGUAAAAUUCUUACCAAGCACACUGGGAAUAUGUUUUCGGUGAAAUUUAUGCCGAAAUUUAAUAACUUAAUAGCCACUGCAGCAGCUGAUAAGAAGAUACUGAUAUUUGAUAUAAAUGCAUCAGAGUCCUUGUACACCUGUGAGUGUCAUAGUUCAAGGGUUAAGCGAUUGGCUACGGCUCCAGAUUCACCAUAUAUUUUUUGGUCAGCUGGUGAAGAUGGCAUUGUACUGCAAUUGGAUCAUCGUGAGAAGCACAUUUGCAAUUCUGCCAACAAUCGCCUUAUAAACUUAACCUCUUUUAUCGAUGCCAAUGCUGAAGCCAAAUGUAUUGCAGUCAAUCCCAUAAGAACGGAAUACAUAGCGGUGGGUGCCAAUGACCCCUAUGCUAGAAUCUAUGAUAGACGCAUGUUAAAGACUUUCUCAACAGCUGCAAAUGAUUCACCCGAAGCCGAUGGUAGACCCAAGGAAAGUGUUACCUACUACUGCCCCGGUCACAUUAGUCAAAACAAUGCCAAACGCAUGGAGCAUGAGUCGCGGGCCAUAACAUAUCUGACUUUUAAUGCCACCGGCACUGAACUACUGGUGAAUAUGGGCGCGGAGCAUAUCUACAUUUAUGACCUCAUUAACGCCGAGCAACCUGUAUUUUUGAAUUUGCCCGAAUACAAAACGACAAUCAAUAACACCGAUAACAAUGCGGAUGGCGCUGGUGCAACUGCAACGCCACAGAACCAAACUCAUAGUCGCCGCAAGUUGCCAGAACAAAUUGAGGAAUACAAGAAAUGGGGUAAUGAGUUUUUGGAAAACGAAAAGUAUUAUCUGGCCAUUCGCACAUACUCGGAUGCCAUACGUUUGGCUUCGUUCGGUUCACCAGUUUUGUAUUUGAAUCGUGCCACUGCCUACAUGAGAAGGCAGUGGUAUGGUGACAUUUAUGCCGCCCUAAGGGAUUGCCAUACGGCUUUGCGCCUGGAUCCGGCCUAUGUAAAGGCUCAUUUUCGUUUGGCUCGCUCCCUGUUGGAAUUGGGCCGUCCCCAGGAUGCCGAUGAGUGUUUGAAGGAAUUGAUAAGGCGCUUUCCCAGCUAUGCCAAUAAUCAUGGGGUGCUAAUGCUGAACAAGGACAUUAGGGAGAAUUGUCAAACGAACAGCUCCUCCUCACAGCAGCAUGAACAAUUUGCCGUGGCCGAUUUCUUGGCCAGAGGUGAAAUGACCGACGAAGAGUUUAAUUGGCGCUGCAAGGCCAAAGACUAUAAGGAACGUUUACUGGGACACUGCAAUACCACCACCGAUAUUAAGGAGGCCAAUUAUUUUGGCAACGAAGGUCAAUUCAUAGUGGCGGGUUCGGAUGAUGGCAACUUUUUUAUAUGGGAACGUAAAUCGGGCAAUAUUCAUAGUAUCUAUAAGGCGGAUAGUGCAAUUGUCAACUGUGUCCUUCCUCAUGCGGAGCUGUGUUUAAUGGCCACUUCGGGCAUUGACCAUGACAUAAAAAUUUGGUCACCCAUGAAGGAGAACGAGAGGCCGAAUUUUAUUGACCCCCUUGGCCGUUGUGUGGAGGAGAAUCAAAUGAAAAUGCGAACCGAUCCAUUUGCCAUUAGCAAUCGCAAUGCCUUUUGCUGGAAUGGAUAAUGUUAAGAAAACAAAACAAAAACAAAAACUUUUAUAAUAGAACUUAGACAUAGGCAUAAGUAAAACACAAUACUUGUGUACAAGUGGAUGUGAGAGGGGGGAAGUUAUGGGUAUUUUCAUAUAAACCAAAACCAAUAAGACCUUCCCUUCUCAUCCACAAAAUACUAUUGUAAAGGAAUUAUUAAGUUUACCUAGCUUAAAAAUUUUACAUAUUUUUUUUUUGGUUUUAUGUUUUUUUUUUACAUUUCUUUUUAUGUUUAAAUUGAAAUGCGUUUAUCCUAACACAAACCUGCAUAAACCUACGAGUACAUAGAUUAUCUGAAAGAUUUGCAAAGUCUUCACUCAUCUUCCUCUCCACAUAGCAAUGCCCUAAUCCUAAUUCACCAACUCUUCCUAGAGACCAACUCAAAGUUUAGCAUAUUACAUAUUGGAGCACUAAAGCAUGCAUGGCAAACAGUUAAGAAAGAAGACAAUGUUGAUGAGAUAUAGAUAUUCGAAUAUUUUUGUGGAAUUAUAAUUAGAAUUAUUUUUUGAAAUAAAUGUUAUAUUAUGUUUGUAAAACA